AUGUAUAACUGUAACUACCCAAGCAAGAACUUUAUCCGGCUAUUAUACUGGGAAGAAAAGAAACAUCUGCUGUGCCGAGAGCUCAAAGAAAUAAAUUUUUUUUUUUCUCGCAGGUAUCCAUCGCAAGUAUUUGUGGGCGAUACAUUCUGCUAUUUCUCUGGAAUGACAUUUGCAGUUGUUGGAAUAAUUGGACAUUUCAGUAAAACGGUUUUAUUAUUUUUUAUUCCACAAGUUAUUAACUUUUUAUACAGCGUACCUCAACUCUUUCAUCUAGUGCCAUGUCCGCGACAUCGGUUACCAAGAUUCAACAGAGAGACUGGCAAGUUAGAUCCAAGUGUCACGACAUUUCAUAAAUCCCAAUUAAAUAAAUUGGCUAAAUUUAUUAUGGGACUGCUUCGAUUAUUUAAAUUAGUAAAAUGGGAAGAGGAUAAAGACGGUGUCGUUAUUUGUAAUAAUUUAACCCUAAUAAAUUUAAUACUUAUUACAUUUGGUUCAAGAAAAGAAUCAAAUUUAACUGCAAUUUUAUUAAUAUUCCAGGUGAUUUGUACAGCUGUUGCAUUUUCAAUAAGAUAUCCUUUGGCUUCACUAUUUUACGACGUAUAA